AUGAUGGAGACAUUCCUCGUCCUGGGCCUGUGUUUCAUCCUGUACGAGGCAUUGGAUUUCUUUCAGGGCUGCAUCCACAGUAAUACCCCAUCGCCCAGCGAUCAAAUCGAAGCCUAUCGCCGCGAACUCGACGAACAGCGCCAGCAGCAGCAACAGGAACAAUUCCUGGCGGGAUUGACGCCGUUGCUAGGCGCUCAAUUUGCCGCUGCCGCCGCAGCCGCGGCCGCUGCCGCCGGCUCGCAGUCGACGUUGGGCAGCGCGACCACGCCCACCGCCUCCACGGCCAGCGUAAUAAGUGACUCAUACGAUCAGGAAUCGCAAUCGCAAUCGCAAUCGCAGUCUCAAUCCCAGUCGCAAUCCAACCAAAACCAACAGCAUUCGCUGAGCACUCCCGGCCUGUUUCGUCCCGCCGCCUUGGGCUACUACGAUCCGGAGGAUCCGUUGCAUGCCACCAACUCCCUACCGCGCGACUAUUACUAUCUGCAGCAGCAGCAGCUGAAGAAUAAGGCCAGCUCAAGAUCGCUACUCUCCAAGUUCUCAUCGACCAACUCGGAUAAUCGCAUACAUCCGGAGGCUGGUGCCGGUUCGGGCCAUCAUCACAGUGUCCUGGGAGCAGCGGCGGUUAUAACAAGUCAACCCCUACCAGCUGGCGGUGAGAUACCAUCUAGCCUCUUCGAUCAGCCGGGACAAGCGGCUGUGGUGGUGCCACCACUGCAACUGCAACCCUCAUCACCACUAUUCGUGGAGCUCAAGAGGGCCAUUAUUAGUCAGAAUCAGAGAACCCAACCGAUAAAGUAUCAGCCAAGAGAAACAAUCGAAGAGCCACAGUGCCCUCAGUGCGAGGAAGAGCAGAUACAGUAUCUGGCAGAGACUUUGGACGAUCUUGCUGAAUCCGAAGAGCAGCAGUACUCUCCAGCUGAGGAAGACGACGACGACGACGAGGAGGAGGAGCAGAACGGAGAGCAGGAGGAUCGCGAGGAGCAGCACUCUUACGUGGGAGGAGCAACCAGUGAACCGGACAUUUGUGCCGCCACACGACAACAGCUAACUAGGAUUCAUCAUAUCGCCAUCGACGACAUCGCCACCGGACAGGAGCAUCAUCAUCACCACCAUCUCAGCAUUUCGGGACAGGCGACAUCGUUGGGCGCCAAUUCUCACGCAGACUUCAGGGAAAUCGAGUGCGAGCGACUGCGACGCAAGUGCGUUAGCGUUAAGCGCAUCUAUAGCAUAUCGGAAAAGUUCUAA